CCCAACAUUUCUUUCUUUGUUCACUAAUUUGAUCAAACAAAGAAGAAGAAGAAGAAGAAGGAGAAGAGAAAAUGGGAAACAACUCAUCACACGUUCUAGACUACUCCGAUGAUGAUUCGUCAGGCGGAAACAAGUCUCGCAUCAUGGCCUUCCAUUCCAAGGACCAAUGGAACACUCACUUCAAUGCCUCCAAAGAAAGCAACAAACUGAUGGUGAUAGACUUCACGGCAACAUGGUGUGGACCUUGUCGAGCCAUGGAGCCAACAUUGAAAGAGUAUGCUGAUAAAUACACAGACGUUGAGUUUAUCAAGCUCGAUGUAGACGAGUUAUCGGAUGUGGCUAGGGAGUUUGGUGUGCAGGCAAUGCCUUCAUUUGUUUUUGUGAAGAAAGGGGACGUGAUUGAUAGGGUCGUGGGGGCCAGGAAGGAGGAACUCCAGAAGAAGAUUGAGAAACACAGGAAAUAAAAUAAAACACCAUGAAGGAUGAAGAAGCUUGAUGGCUGAUGGCUGAUGCUGUGAGUGAAAUUAAGCUCGAUCGAUCGGGAAUAUGAUGAUGGGGAAAUAAAGCCAACAAAAAAAUAAAAAAGGAAGCUAGAAUAAGG